GCAUCUUCAUAGUGACUACUUGAAGCAAGUCGAUGAAAAACAGCCCUAAAAGAAGAGGGCACGGAGAUGCCACUGCGAGCUGGCCACCACGCGUGAACUGGCUCUUACCAGGCGUGCUUCACCGACCGGACGCAAACGUCUCCAGGGAUAGCCAGGCUGAGUCAUCAGUAGAGUGGGAAGGGCAGCAGCAGCAGCAGCAGCAGCAGAGAAUCCAGACCCUAAAGCUGACACCACAAAGGACUGCUUCUCCAAGUUGGGGGCUCAGAGGGGAGCCAUCAUGAGCGAUGUUACCAUUGUAAAAGAAGGUUGGGUUCAGAAGAGGGAGUCCUCUUUGUGGAGACCACAGGCGGAGAGGAAACACAGGAUUCUAAGAUGGCGGGCGGGAGAAUAUAUAAAAAACUGGAGGCCAAGAUACUUCCUUUUGAAGACAGAUGGCUCAUUCAUAGGCUAUAAAGAGAAACCUCAAGAUGUGGAUUUACCUUAUCCCCUCAACAACUUCUCAGUGGCAAAAUGCCAGUUAAUGAAAACAGAACGACCAAAGCCAAACACAUUUAUCAUCAGAUGUCUCCAGUGGACCACUGUUAUAGAGAGAACAUUUCAUGUAGAUACUCCAGAGGAAAGGGAAGAAUGGACAGAAGCUAUCCAGGCUGUAGCAGACAGACUGCAGAGGCAAGAAGAGGAGAGAAUGAAUUGUAGUCCAACUUCACAAAUUGAUAAUAUAGGAGAGGAAGAGAUGGAUGCUUCUACAACCCAUCAUAAAAGAAAGACAAUGAAUGAUUUUGACUAUUUGAAGCUACUAGGUAAAGGCACUUUUGGGAAAGUGAUUUUGGUUCGAGAGAAGGCAAGUGGGAAAUACUAUGCUAUGAAGAUUCUGAAGAAAGAAGUCAUUAUUGCAAAGGAUGAAGUGGCACACACAUUGACAGAAAGCAGAGUGCUGAAGAACACUAGGCAUCCAUUUUUAACAUCCUUGAAAUAUUCCUUCCAGACAAAAGACCGUUUGUGUUUUGUGAUGGAAUAUGUUAAUGGGGGAGAGCUGUUUUUCCAUUUGUCGAGAGAGCGGGUUUUCUCUGAGGACCGCACACGUUUCUAUGGUGCAGAAAUUGUCUCUGCCUUGGACUAUCUACAUUCUGGAAAGAUUGUGUACCGUGAUCUCAAGUUGGAAAAUUUGAUGCUGGAUAAAGAUGGCCAUAUAAAAAUUACAGAUUUUGGUCUUUGCAAAGAAGGGAUCACAGAUGCAGCCACCAUGAAGACAUUCUGUGGUACACCAGAAUAUCUGGCACCAGAGGUAUUAGAAGAUAAUGACUAUGGCCGAGCAGUAGACUGGUGGGGCCUAGGGGUUGUCAUGUAUGAAAUGAUGUGUGGGAGGUUACCUUUCUACAACCAGGAUCAUGAGAAACUUUUUGAACUAAUACUAAUGGAAGAUAUUAAAUUUCCUCGAACACUCUCUUCAGAUGCAAAAUCAUUGCUUUCAGGGCUCUUGAUAAAGGAUCCUAAUAAACGCCUUGGUGGAGGACCUGAUGAUGCAAAAGAAAUCAUGAGACACAGUUUCUUUUCUGGAAUAAACUGGCAAGAUGUAUAUGAUAAAAAGCUUGUACCUCCUUUUAAGCCUCAAGUAACAUCUGAGACAGAUACGAGAUAUUUUGAUGAAGAAUUCACAGCCCAGACUAUUACAAUAACACCACCUGAAAAAUAUGACGAAGAUGGCAUGGAUGGCAUGGACAAUGAACGGCGGCCACACUUCCCUCAGUUCUCCUACUCUGCAAGUGGACGGGAAUAAGUCUCUGUCAUUCUGUUACUUCACUGUCAUCUUAGAUUUGUUACUGGGAAUGAUUCCUGGAUAUCACCACCAGUCCUCGCUCUUACAGAUAGCAGGGGCAUCUUCCGACAUCCCUGACCAGCCAAGGGUCUCCACACCUCGCCACCUUUCACUCACAUGAAAACACAUAUACACAAACACUCCAGUUUUUGUUUUUGCAUGAAAUUGUAUAUCAGUCUAAGGUCUCAUGCUGUUGCUGCUACUGUCUUACUAUUAUAGCAACUUUAAGAAGUAAUUUUACAAUCUUUGGAAGUCAUGAGCCCACCAUUGUUCACUUGUGCACCAACUGUCAUCUUCUGAUCAUUUAGUUUUUGUGUUUUCCUAGCGGUGAAGGCUAAAUGAGAUACACUGACUCUAGGUACAUGUUUUAACUUUCUAGAAGAUAAGGCAAGAACUAAUUAGACUAAGAAGAUUUAGUUUAUAUUUACGUACAAGCAAUUGUGGAAGGGUGGUAAUAUGCAUAUGCAAAUGUUUAGCAGAGCAUAUCCAAUCAGUGCAUAAGUGUAUAUCAUUAUGAUUUGGCUGGAAAUUGUUAGGAAGCAUUGAGAGGACUGAAGGGUUGAUGAGAUGCACGUGCGUUCUUUAAUUCCCAAUGGAUACUGUAGAGGAAGUGCAGUGCCACCCGUGUAUGUCCAGACUUCGCAGGCAGUUUUGGGCACAAGAACUUUGUUCUACCAAGAACUAAAGGUGCAUGUGUGGAGUCAAAGUCACCUAGAAGGUCUUAGGAUACACAUUGUGCCAGAGACUAUUUCCCCCCUGGGCUUGGCAACCUUUUCCCUUCUUGAUAUUUAUCACCUCUGAUGGCUGAAGAAUGUAGACAGUGUAAUGACCCUGCUGUCACCACAAUCUGAACACCAAGGUAAACAGGUGUUUGCCUUAUUAGUUUUCAAGGUUUUACUUUCAGUUCUAGGUGAAUUAGCUUUCUCUCAGAUGUUAAAGCUCUGAAUGUCCUUUUAUGGUUUUGUUUAUAUUGCAGUAGUAUUUAUUGUUUAGUGAUGAGAAUUGUAUGUCAUGUUAGCAAACACAGCUCAACUCACAGGCUGCAGUUUCUUUCACCCAUGUGCAAGGAAUGUACACACCCAUAAGAAUCAUGCACCUUUUCUCCUAUGUAACAAAAUGAUUAGACUCUGGAGCUGCAUCUUUUGAUUAGAACCUGGCUUUGGGAGAAGAGAUGCUGUGAUUUAACCCCUUGGUGCUAACCUGAGAAAAUCCCCAACUACCUGUGCCAAGGGGUUGGUGGAAUGAAUGGAUGUUGAUGGUUGCUCACUUGAGAAUUGAAGUGUUAGGACAGCCUAGCAUAGAGUAAUAAAGUCAAGACCCAAAUGACUUUAAAAUGAGCAAAAUGAACACAUCAAAAAUAUGUAUACGGUGGUCAGUGAAGGAUAAGAACCUGGUGUGUUUAUUCUGAUCAAGGUACAUUUAUCACUGAAUUAAGCCAUCAGGGAAAACAACAAAACAGAACACCUCUAGCUUUUCUUUCUCUAUACAUAUUCGUGUCUCCAAAUCCCAACAUUUCUCACUGAGGGGACAUGUAUGCAAACCUCAUCUUUCUCCUUCAUUACUGAUGAUCUUCAGAUUAAACCCUUUGGUGCUAGGAGCUGACAUUUUCCAAAGCAGACUAUGAAGUCCAAGGGGCAAGGUCCCUCUUGCAGCAAGCAGGAGGGCAUCUGCUCUGAGGAGUGAUCAUGGAAAUGUAUUCUAGUUACUGUCUGACAGCUCCCAAACGGAAGACUACAGCAAGACUUAGUAUUAUUAUUGCAUUGUAUGAAAGAGCAACCGACUUUGUGAGUAGGACGAAUCAUAUUCUCAUGCAGAUGUCUUAGCCUCUUGGUGCAGGAAGUGUAGAUUGACAGCUCUGGAACCACUGCUGGCGGUGGAUGGGCCAUGAGGACUGUCUGCGUUAAAGGGCAUUUUACUAAGGCAGCUAAGACAUAGUCAGACAUAGAUUCUAUCCUAAUUUUACAUAUUUCUACCUGAGUGAGUUAAUCUUUAAUAUUAAGUAGGAAGCUACAGUAAAGGGAUGUUUGUUCUUACAUCUGUAGCUUGUUUGUUUUCACUUGGAAUUAUGUUGAACGCUUCACAACUGACAAGAAAGUAGACUAGAAGGUGUGUCCUGUAAGUCGUCUUGCAUCCACGCUAGAAGAAAGAUGUGUGAGAGGAGAAAAGAUUGAGACUGGUUGAUGUUCAGAGCAUUUAUUCCUUCGAGGGAGCGUGACACUGUACACUAAGCACAUAGUUACUUUUGUUUGGUUCCCUCCAACCUUCCAAAUCUUAAGGUGAUUUCCAUGACUGACCUUGGCCAAGGAUUCUUCCUGAAGAUUAAUGAGGGGGCACUGACAGUGCUUCAGGCCACUCCACAGCUGGCCCUUGUCCCCAGCCAUGUGAGGGCUUAGUCAUCCUCCAUGGCUCCCACAGUGUCAAACCCUGUGAUUUUGAGAAUCCCUUUUACCCCAGAUCUCAGAUGGCAUAGAGGCAUAACAGAACAGAGAGAGGUGUUACCCAGAGCUGCAGUUUGGAUCCUGGCAGGUGGAGCAGCUUGAAACCUGGAAUCAUCCUGUCUGGAUGCAGUUCUGACUCUGGACUCCAGUUUGUGCCAGCUGUCAUGAAGCUUGACCUCUUGUCAUGAUGCAGCCAUCAUGGAGGAAAUUGGCCUCUUCUGCUUAGGUUGUUGGCAGGGUUGCUCACAGCUUUGCUUUCUACACUAAUUACAUAACAUUAUUCCAGUAUUUUUCCCCAUUCCCAUAUCUGAUCUCCAGCUUCUUAAAGCUGUUUUCGCAGGGGCCACUUGCUUUCUCUAGAGUACAAAAGUAAGGGCCUUCCUUACUAACUGCAGGGUCUCUAUUACACCUCAGUGUGCACACUUGCUGCUACCGUUUGUACUGUCUACAGUAGAGUUUCCUUAUCUUGCUCCUGGUAGUGCAUUACAGGCAAGCAUGAAAUGUAAAGUAUUUAUUUAAAUAAAAACUUCUAAAUUGGUAAUUGAGUUACCUCCCUGUAGCUUUAUAUUGUUUAUGACAUUCGACUUGCUAGUUCUUUCACUAGAUCCACACAAGACCUGGUCAUCUGGUUAAGGGUUUGAAGCAGACAUAGCUAUGAACCCAGAAACUGUGUCACUGUCACUGCUGGUCACACUAAAGUUGUUCAUUUCCUUAGUAUAUGGCCCACAGGAUGUGAGAUAACUACAAGAGACUGGUUUUGUACACUGUACACCCUUCGUCUUUUACACGUACACCAUAGGGUUGCACAUUAUCCUCCUUCGUACAGACAGCUUCAAUAAAGCACUGUGUCAAUCUGCUA